AUGAUUGAUCAAGUCGGAACAAGAGUCCGAACCACCUUAUCCCUUUCUUCCAUCAUCAACGACCUCUUCGCUGCGAGAACAUCAACUGGUAGCCAUCGCGAAACGGCGCAGUCAUCACAAGGAAGACCUCCAUCCUCCUCGGUCCUAUUUCACGCAGUUACUCAGCUCCAGAUCAAGAAGAAGAAUUCGCAUCGCAGCACCACAAUCAUGUCCUACGGAACCCAUCGAGACGUCGGCGACGUGGAGCGAAGAGAAGCUCAAUACAACGCUUCCGUCUCCGCUGCAGCGCGAGGCUUCGGCACGGGGCUCGCCUUCUCGGCCCCCACCGCGUACGUGCUCAACCGCAGCUGGCCCGCCUUCCGCUCCCUCACGCCCGCCAUCAAACUCUUCUUCGUCUCGUCCAUCGCCAUCGGCGCCGGCGUCAUCUCCGCCGACAAGGCCGGCAUCAAAUUCGACCAGGACCACUACACCGACGCCGGCGCCGCCGUCCAACGUCGUUAUGCCUCGCGCGAGGAGCAAGAAUGGUCCUCCCUCUCCCCACGCGACAAAGCGCUGACCUGGGCCAAAGAGAACAAGUUCUCCGUCGUCGCCGCCACGUGGGCCACCAGCAUGGGCGGCAUCUUCGCGUACAUCCACACACAACCCAUGACGUUUGCCCAGAAGCUGGUCCAGGCGAGAGUGUGGGCUCAGGGUAUCACACUGGCUAGUUUGGUGGGGAUGGCAGCGAUCACGCAGAUCCCGAGUAAGGGAGAUAGGAUCAUCAAGCAGCACAAGGAGGCAGCGGAUCAUAGUUGGAGGGAGUUUGUACCGCAGGAACCCAGCAAGGAGACGAUCAAGAGCCAGUGA